AUGAUGACAUCAUCCAUCUUUUCAAUCAUGAUUGGAAUUGGUAUUUGUGAUGCGAUAUCUAUGGUGAUAGCAAUUUAUGAUAAACAUAUCAUUGAACAAUUAUAUGGAGAUGAAUGCACACCUCCAGUGUCUCUUUUUAUUUACCGUACCUUCUGGAUACUUUCUGCUCUACGAGAAGACGUGAUUAGAUGCUCCCAAUGGCUUGGAAUUUUGAUGGCUUUGAUCCGCUACUUGUCCCUGAAAUUCGUUACGAAACCAAAGUUUCAAAGAAUGUCAAGAAUCCGUUACGGUUUCUACGCAACUGGAAUCAGUUUUGCUCUUAGUUCAGUGCUCUCAAUUUUAAAUUUCAUGAGGACAAAAAUAGUGGAGAGCGGCACUUGGAGCCCAAGUGAAAAAUGUGAUAUGCAAAUCGAAAAUGGUUCCACACUGAUUGCAUAUGGAUUGCUAGAAUCUGAAGUUUUCUUAGCGAAUAAUGGGUUUUAUUUUAGAAUUUUCACACUCGCGAAUAGUAUUUCUUCGAGGCUCCUCCCUUGUAUAGUUUUCCCAGUUGUCACAAUUCUAUUAAUAAUUGAAAUCCAUGAGGCCAAGAAGAAAGUUUUGACGUCCAGCUUGACCAUUAGUGCCGAGAGAACGACUUCGUUGGUCAUAUUCAUGGCUGUCACUUUUUUCAUUGCAUCUCUUCCAACUGGAGUAUUCACUUUUUUCUCUGUUAUGAAUACAGAUAUCGGAUUUCUGUAUGUGAUCCAAACGUUCCAUUAG